AUUAAUCCUGCCACUGACAGCAUGGCACCUCCACUCGCUACGCUACCACUUCAACUUUUAUCAACGUCCAGCAAGCAGCAAAUAAACCCAAAACAAUGGCUGCAUCGCAGGUUGAUCAACGCAUACAGGAAAAACAUCCUGGGAUCGCCGUGCAUGGGACUAAAGGCGUCAGAUCAGGCCGUUCACUUCGCGCAACACGGGACUUUCAGCCGGGUGAUCUGAUUGCUGAAUUUGACAAUCCCCUGGCGGCCUUUCCCGACGCGGCUCGGGCCUCGACGACAUGUCACCACUGCUUGGACCAAAACGCCAAGGUCUUCGGCUGUAUGGGCUGCGAAAAGGCUGUCAAAUACUGCAGUAGCGAGUGCCAAAGGGCCAACUGGAAGCUGGUGCAUUCCAAAGAAUGCAAAGUAUUCCGUAAGGUCCAGACGGCGGUGGGCAAAGAUUGGCUACCGACUCCUGUGCGGACGCUGGUGCAGCUCCUGGUCCGUUGGGCCGAAGUACAGCAAUUGGUAUCACAGCUCGAGGGCAACGAGGACCGGUUCAAAGAGAGGAAACAACUGUGGGAGGAUAUGAAGCUGCAGGCAUAUGCGGGCAUUCACUAUGCCGGACGCAAGGAGGACGAUGCGAAUCUGUUCUUGUCACUGGACGUGUUGUGCAAGAUUCAAACAAACUCCUUUGACAGAUUCGAUGCCGACACAGGCGCAAGUGGCACAUUCCUCGAUCCUGUGCUCGCCAUGGCCAAUCACUCGUGUGUACCCAAUGCAGUCGUACUGUUUUGGCGGCGCAAGGCCUACCUCAGAGCAGAGAUGCCCAUCAAGCAAGGAUCCGAGAUUUCCAUCUCGUAUAUCGACUACACAAAGCCCGUCAGGUUCCGGCAAGAGGACUUGUGGCUUUACCACUUCACCUGCAAAUGUCCACGGUGCAAGGACGAUCUGAAUAUUUACGAAGUGUGUCGGGACUCGUCAGUGGUCCCGCUGAACGAUCUUACACUAUCUCCGGGCGUCGAGAAACUAUUGUACCCACCUGGAGAGGCCGACCGCUUCAAGCAGAAAUCCUGGCGCUCCAAGGUGGAAGCGAUAUAUGAAGAUUGCCAACAUGACCGAAGCGCCAAGCCGACGUUUGAGGAACGGUUUGCGAUGCUUAGGGCAAACUGGCAAAGUUGCAAACCGCUCGUUGAUGCGCAACUUUGGGCUUGGCAGCCCCUCGCACAAACUCUACAGGGAGCAACUCUCUACUAUCUGGGCAUGGAAAACCACACGAGAGCGCUCUCGACGGCCUGUUUUACUGCACUGCACUGUGAUCCAUAUCAAUACGUCGCACCCUUCAAGACCUUCCGGUUGACAGGCCUCAUGCUCAUUGCCAAGAUACUGACGCAAACGUCGGUCCCGGAUCGGGAGGAGCUCGCCAAGACAGCACACCCAGAGAUUCUCGCGAUAUUGGACCGCUCAGAUCAAGCUUCCAUGCUGCAUGCGAUCCUACUGAUUGUCGUCAAUAACGCACCUAAAGGACACUCUGAUGACUGGGAGGUCUUGCACGAGGCCAAGACUAUGCUGUCCGGAAUUGAAAGCAUAGAGGGACGAGAAGACGAGUCUAUGUUGUUGAGGAGGUGGGUGAAGAACCCGGAAAAUCAUGCGGACAAGGCCUUCUUCCAGGAGAGAGUGCUGAGGCCAAUCGAGUCUUUGGCAAAGGUCGCACCAGAAAUCCUGAGGGCCGACUUAAGCUAGCUAGUGAGCAUGAGAACAAAUCAAUAUCAACAAGUCUUCCGAGGCUGCAGUAUCAUAGAUUGGGUUGAAAUUGACUUAGGCUCUGCGGAAACCUGGUGUGUUGGCUGCCGAUAUUGUUUGUCAAUAAUUAGCGAUCUAACGGGCGCAUAACAUAGAUUGUAUCUGUCAAAUACCUUCAGGCAGAUGAAAGGGAGAAUUAUGGAGGACAAGAUUAAUAAGCGAUUACUAGUGAUAUUUUGAGGAUUCGUAUGCAUCGAGGAGGACAAUUCAGUCGGUAAGAGGUACACAAACUACCUAAGGUGCCUAAGGUACCUACCUGGUUACGGUGAGGGAAAACCGCGGCCAACGGAGGCAAUUGUGAUUUCCUGGAAGAAAUUCCACCGUGCAUCUGUGUUUUCACACUAUCGGACCACAAAAGGCACUGGCCUUUUCGCUCUUUUGGGUAGUUGCGAAAAUGAAAGUCAGGAUUGAAUGAAUGACUUGACCAGCAGGUGGACAAGAA